AUGAAUUGGAUCAGAAAUGUAGGGACUCUAAUAAUAUUAGUUCAGAAUGUUCUUUGCGAAAACCUACAUGGAUAUAAUUCUAAUAGUUUCCAAGUUCGCCAAUUAAAAUCGUUUUAUGAAGAACGAUAUGAUCGAGACAGUAAUAGAGAUUACGGUGUUAGCGUCGAGAUAGAUAAUGUUAAGAAGUUAAAAUGUAAAUGCGUAUGUACGAAUAAAUGCUCCGAUAGACGGGUGACUAAAGUCCAAUAUCAACAGCAACCUUGUUGCCCGCCCGAGUGCUGUGUUGGCGGGUCACGACCUGGAGAUGAACGCUAUCCUGGGUAUGACAGAUACCCGGGACAAAAAGGAUAUCCAGGUCAGGAUGGUUACCCAGGUUUAGAUGGAUAUCCGGGUCAAGAUGGAUACCCAGGUCAAGGCGGAUAUCCAGGACAAGAUCGAUAUCCGGGUCAAGAUGGAUACCCGGGUCAAGAUCGGUAUCCGGGUCAAGAUGGCUACCCGGGUCAAGAUAGGUAUCCGGGCCAAGAUGGAUAUCCAGGACAAGAUGGUUAUCCCGGCCAAGAUGGAUAUCCCCCGUACAGUCGACGUCCCGGAUACGAUAAAUAUCCAGGAUUCGAUUAUGACCGCAACCAAAAUCUUUACCCAAAAGAUCCCUACUAUACAAGACUCCCUAGAUACCCCGAUAACAAUUAUUAUCCAAAUCAGAACCGUUACCCUAAUUAUCCUGGAGAUGCCUCGAGAUUUCCCAAAUAUCCUCCAAACUAUGAUCCUUCAGCAAAACGAGACUCAUUUACAAAUUUUCCUUCCAUGAUUACGUUUACUCUUCCAAAACAUUAUUCAUUCAUCUUUCCUUGGAUGUCUUCUGCCUUUAAGCCUAAUCAUAUCGAUACUACACCGACGUCCUCAAAUAAAAAUGAAGCAACUGCCAUCAAAACAGAAGUACCUUCAGUAAAAAUAGAGACAAGUCCAGAAGUUACUGCUGUAACGACACCAAAUGUUGUUACAACAGCAACAGCUGCAACCGCCGCAACACCAGUAACCGCUGCAACACCUGCAACCGCCGCAACACCUGCAACCGCUCCAACACCUGCAACCGUCCCAACACCUGCAACCGUCCCAACACCUGCAACCGUCCCAACACCUGCAACCGUCCCAACACCUGCAACCGUCCCAACACCUGCAACCGCCCCAACACCUGCAACCGCCCCAACACCUGCAACCGUCCCAACACCUGCAACCGUCCCAACAGCCGCAACAGCUGCAACUGCUGUAACCACUGCGACAGCUGUAACAACUACAAGUACUGUACCACAAACAACUCCACAACCUCCAGCUGAAAACACAACAGAAGUAUCAAAUACAACUACAGAAGAAAUACUCACUAAAUCUACAGAACCAUACAGAAUUGAGGACGAGGUCGCAGAUGGAGGGAAGAAGCUCGCAUAUUACAGACAGAAUGCAAUGUGUUCAGGAGAAUACUGUGACAACAGAUAUAAAAGAGUAGGGAAAUACAACUUUAAUGAUUUACUGCCGAGGCCGACCGUUAAGUCUUAUUUGCGUGCCAAGAAACCUUAUAUUGAACCUGCUCGCAGAAGAAAUAGUUUUGCAUCUAACUUAAAUAUUCCGAUCCCGGACAAAAUGGCGUUCAAAUUGAUGGAUAGACUGCGACGUAAAUAUUAA